UCAUAUUUCGUUGCUUUUCGUUGUCAAUAUCCCAUAACGUAUCAGAGGGUCUUCAGUUGGACUCUUCCCAUCCCAACUUUUUCUAUCUCCGUGAGCUACUGCACAGCCAAGUCGUUCUUCCGACACUUCCCCCUCUCCCAAACAACUCAACCUACCGGCAAUCUCCAAUAACUACAAGAUGGCUUCCGAAGUGGCGUACAUGCACCCAGCCCCGGCCGUCGAGCCGCUCGUGAAGGAUGCCCACGCUGCGUUCACUGAGCCCUUUGCCCACGAUGCCGUUCGCGCGAUUAUAUCGCAGAAGAUUUCCAACCUAAUCCUUCUGCCUGAGACCGAUCUGGAUGCGAACCAGCUUCUGAACGAGGCUGGUAUGGGUUCCAUGCUGACUGCCGAGCUUCGGAUGUUUAUCCACCGCACUUUCGAAGUCGAUGUCCCCUUCGACGUGCUUUUCAAGGCAACUUUGAACAACCUGACCGAUAUGAUCGCCCAGGAUUUGCAGGCUAGUGCUUAGGCACUUCGUUGUCGCGCCUUAUUGUUGGGCCGACGCGACCGG